UACAAAUAACAAGAGUAGAAGAAAACACAAAUAUCGAACACAAUGGAAACAAUAACGUGCGAAGCGAUUGGAAACGCGCCACAGACGCCGCUGCCCACAGACAUUGCCUCAGCCACAGCCACAGUCGCAGCCGCAGCCACAGCAAUAGCAACAGCAAUAGCAACAGCCGCUGCCCGGUCAGCGUCCGGCGUGUCAGUCAGAGUCGCGGGCUGAAGCACAAGUCGAAGCAGCAGGGCCAGCAGAAGCAGCCGGUUAGCCAGCGGGCCAACAACAAGUUAGCAGGCAAAUCGACAAAUGCAAGAGACAGCAGCAAAAUCGAUUGGAAUUAUCAAAAAGUCGUGUCGUUGUUGUCGUUGUCGUCGUCGUCGUCGCUGCUGCUGUUUUCUUGUUGUCUCGCGAUUGCUCUAAAAAUAUAUUUUGUUUUAAUUGAAAUGCAAUUGCAACUGCAAUAGCAGUUGCGGCAAUCACAGCCACACAGUGCAACUGGAAAUAAGUAAUAAAUUGCGUGUGUUCUGCGCUACAAAAAAAAAUGUUGUUGAAAGUGCAAUGUGCUAAUUAUACGGGUGCACUAGGCGUAUGCGUGUUGAAAGCGCAUCAAGCGAUACGCUACACAAUACUCGUGUGUACAUACGAUACAACGCUGUCAAAACAAUCGAAACUGCCCAACUAGACACGACUUGUUGCUGGUAAAUUUACAUUAUUCUCGCCGUGAGUAAGAAAAUCUAAAACGUUGACAAGUGAAAUGCUUCGAAUGUGACAAAUAUGUGAAUGUGCAUUUUUUGUGGUAUAAAACUGAUAACACAACCCCGAAACAAAAGUUUAGCUAAGUGAAAUAAUGUCAUGCAUUGGCUCGACGGCAUUUCCUUGGACGACAAUUUAAUUAGCGGACGCGCCAGCGGCAGUAACGGCGAUCAUAGUGACGGCAAUCAGCGGAAAUCAACGCAAAGCUCAUCGCCAACAAAAUCAAAACGAAGACGGCAUGCCCACUAUAAGCUAAAUAGCAGAUUGGACAGGAAGUCGUCUCGUGGCAUGAUAUACGAAAAUGAAGAACUUAGAUUGCGCACAAUCAACAUAAAUGCGGAAGUUGAACGAGGUCAAUCAGAUAUUAAGCGUUUACGGCGUGAAAAUGAGCAGCUGCGUCGAGAGAUCUGGACACUGCGCGAUGAAUGUGAUCGGCUCAACAAGCGCUUCAAGGCGAAACUGAACGAACAUGAGUUUGGUGGAUGUCGAGGGAGCGGGGGCAGUGGACGUCGCUGCAGUGGCGGCGGAAGAGGCAGCGCAGGUUGUGAUGGAAACAGUGAUGACUCUGACUCAUGUGAUACGUGUCGUUGCGCGGACGAUGGGCACUGCAGCGAUGAGUGCUGCCAGGAGGGAGGAUCAUGUGCUCCGAUCAAGCCGCCGCUGCCUCCCGAAGAACCCAACAUCAAGAUCAAUGAGAGUAGCGCUCCAGCAAAGCCAGAGGGUCAACCUAUGCACUUUGAUCAUCUCUCGGUGGUCUCGGAGGAGACACUCAGCAAUCCGGAGAUGAUGCUGUCCCAUCCACCAGAACAUUUGAUGAUCUGCACACCCGAUCUCAAUGGCUCGCAGAGUACGCUGCCCAGUCUGGUGGGUCCAUUAACGCCACUGACACCCAUUGAGCUGGUGGCCAAUCAGCUAAAUGAUUUGCAGGCAAUGGUGCCGCCACUUUCCUACUUUGAGAACAUCUUGCAGCAGCACAUGGGCGCCAAUACAGUUCUGACUCCCACUCCUGAGCUGGGUACCAGCUCCAGCACGACGACGGGCAAGACUAUGAAGCAUACAAAUGGCUGGGAUUACAAUCUGCAGUCGCCGUUUUCGCAGCGGAAGUACUCGAACGCCUCGUCGCCAUCACGGUCACCGCCUCCGCCAGUGCCAGCUCCAACGCUGACUACUUUUGUGCCCACAUCAACGAUGCAGGCCCUGCCCAAGGUGGCCCUCAAUUUGCCAGCAACGACAGCCGGCGGUGGAGGAGGAGGCAUCAUUGAGACCGUGGCGAUAACCACAAACGCAACGCAACAAGCGCUCAACAGCCCCAAGCAUUUCUUCGCCCCCAUUAAGCCGCGCCUCAAGCUCAACACCAAGCUGGCCAAUCAGAAUCCAGACGCACUGCCGCCAGGUUCUCCGCCCCCGCCACUGGAAACGGCGGCCCCACUGCGUGAGCCACCGGAUAUAUUUGUGAACAAUGCACUCGCAUCGCCAUAUCAGCGUCCUGUUCAGCGGCUCUCACCUCAAGUAAGUCCACGCCAUCGCUCGCGCUCGCGUUCGCGAGCACAUUGCCAGCUGCAUCACCAGAAAUGCCAAGCUCACUCCCACUCCCACGUCCACGACCACAGCCUCGCCCAACAGCAGCAGCGCCUGCACCAAUGCCAACAGCAAGUAGUGCAACAACCACAGCUGAAGUCGCUGCCAUCGCAACAGUGCGCUCUGCAUCGGGCAGUGGUGAAUGUUGCCGCUGCCGUCGGCUUAGGUGUUGAUGGGGAGGCUGCGGGUGGCGUCUGCACUGGGAGUGUGGUUGAUAUUUAUGCCGCUGCGCUUGCUGCUGCUGCUGCCGCUUCAGCUGCCAAAUCAGUGCCAGUAUCAGCGUCAGCUUCCGCGCCCUCGUCUCCAACUUCCAUUUCGAUUCCGACUCUGUUUCCGUCCCUAUCUCCGUGUCCGUCUCUACUGCCCCUGACCCACAACGUUGAGCCUGUCUACGCAACCGCACAAAAGAGUUGCCACAGCACUUGCAUAUCGGCCACUGCCUUGACAAAGCCACUGAUGACCGUCACCACACAUACUACAAAACCAACAACAACAACAUCGCCUUUGCGACAGGCAACGAAGGUCUCAACCAGCAACAGCUUUACGAGCAGCACAGUUGUAACAGUUGCCUCGAAUACCAGUAUUCCGGAUAUAGGCAGUCAGACGGAUUCAGUGAAUCUGGAAUCAAUACUUAAUGACAUCGAGACCAUAUCUGAGGAUAUUUUAGCCAUUCAGUUGGAGAAGAGUAAGUCACGAGACAAUCUGAUCUCGGCGAACAACAACACGGAUAUCACCAAGAAACCCUAUCGCUCCGAGAUGAACCUAUAUCUGCAGUACGACGGCACAAAUCCGACUAUCUCGAAUGGGACAGUCACAACUGGAACCACAACAACCACAACGGCUAGUCACACCUCUGAUACGAGCAGUGGCCGCAAGCUCUCCAGCCGAACGCGGUCGCUUGAACGUGAACACACGGACAGUCCGGCACCACAUAUGCCGGAUCCGAUGGCCCCAUUUCCGGAGAAGUGCACCUAUCUUGGAUUCGAGCAGCUCAAUCAGGCAGCUGGUUCACCAGGGCAGGCGCCUCCAACGAAUGGACAAAAACCGCCUGUGGCAGCCAAGCCGAAUGUACCCAACAAGCCACCGCCACCGUUGCCCCCUGCUCGCCGUCCAGCCAUGCCCACAGACCCACCGCCAUCGCCACCAGUUGGCUUGUCGCCUAACAAAAGUCAUCUGUACAAGUCCUUGGCAUCGGCGGCGGCCAAAAGAGCCAUCUUUCGAUCGUCACCAUCGCAACUCACGCGCUCACUGGACGUCGAGUGCACGGCCACUGAGCCGACGGCAGCGGAUGGCAGCGAAGCAACAGCAGGAAAUGAGGAUGACGAAGCGGCCAAGCGAAAGGCUCGCCGGGUCUCAAUAGUAUGUGGCGAGGAGCAGCCAGCUGUGCCUGUCGCUGGCAGCGUUGCUGCGGUGAACACGGUGCCCACAACAACAGCCAGUUGUGGCGAUUUAACGAGUGUGGCAGCCAGUGUAUUGACCCAUCCGAAUAUUAAGAUCUUCAAGCAGAUCAGCCACAGUACGCCAAGCUCUCCACAUUCCGCACGGCGACGUACCAAUAGUAAUUCAAUGCCUGCGGUUCAUGCCGAGAUUGCAGCCACCAACUCAGCCCCACCCAGCACCACUCACCACCAUCACCAUCGGAAGGAGGGCAGCGAUCCAGUGCCGAUGACUGCCACCGUCAACAGGACAAAGUGCUCGCGACGCCACUCGGAGGGAACCGUGCACAAUGUGCAUCGGAUCAGCAACUCAAGUGGUGGGGCAAGUGGCAGUCAUCAUCACCACCAUGGACACCACCACCAGCACAGCAGUUUGAUCAGCAGCAAUCCCCACCACAGUCACCAUUCCCACCAGGACAGCAAUCACGAGACAGUCACCUCCUUGUCCGAUCGCAAUUCCAACAGCUUUGGCUCAUCCCGCGAGUCCUCGACCAGCUUUAGCAUGCGUUCCAAUCGCCGCAAGAUCUCGAUUAGCUCCCAUACUGGUGGCAAAAUACCCUGGUGUGGUUGCUGGGGCAAUGGUUGUCUUUGAAGUACGUUAAUCGUGUGUUGCAUGUUAGAUCAACCUUGAGGGGCCUUUGGGAUAAUCAUAGAUUAUGCCCCACCGAAUAGAAAUGCAGUGAAAGUCGAGCCAGGCUGCCGUCCUUAAGCAAAAUAGAAGUACAUAUGGUAGAUAUAUUCAUUUUUAGAUGGCCUUUAGUGAUGAAUGUAAUGAAAUUAAUUCAUCUAAUCGAAUUUUUAAAAGCAGUUUCAAAACUAUCCGAGUACAAAACAAAAAAGAAGCAAGUUGGUCACAAUUCGAUUCGUUGCAAUUCGAAGAUUAUUCAUUAAAUGCUACUGUAGCUAAGUUAUUAAUUCCGUUCGAAAUUGUUUGCAAUUAAUUUUACGUAUAUUUGAUUGUACAUAUACGAGUAUUUUAAUUUGAUGUAGUUCAUAAUUUAUUUAUUAAAUUAAUGUAUUGAAGUGUAUAAAAAUGAGAAAUAAACAAAUAUUGUUCAACGUGGA